GGAAUGAAACCCCAAACGUGCGAAGACGCGAGUGUAUGCACGCUCCAAAUCCUUGACUCUGGAAACACUAUUAUUGUACUUAACCCAUUGAGCCCUGAAUCAGAGUGGAAAGCAAAAAGAGGGAAGAUGAAAGAAUCAGCGGAACCAGAGCCUAUCAGUGUUUCCCUCCACCUCCUGUCUAACCUCUUGGACUCGGAAAUCCCGACUGUCCAAAACUUCAAAGGAAAGUGGUCACUCGCGCGAGUCAAACUCAGCCAUCUCCAAACUCACCUCACCGAUUUCUCCGCCGAGUUCCCCAAUGCCUCCACCUCCAACCCUCUCUCCCUCCACCUACUCCACUCCAUCACUCAAACCCUAAACGACGCCGUUUCCAUCGCCCAACACUGCCAAUCCCCACACUUACCCCACGGCAAGCUCAAAACCCAGAGCGACCUCGACUCCCUCCUCGCCACCCUCCAUCGCCACGUCACCGACUGCGACAUCCUCUUCCGAAGUGGCCUCCUCCUCGAAAACGCCGCCGUUUCUACUUCCUCCAAACGGGAAGCCCUUCGAUCCGCAUCUCGAAGCUUAAUCACCCGUUUGCAGAUCGGGUCACCCGAGUCCAAAUCCUCCGCUAUGGACUCCUUGUUGGGCCUUCUCCACGAAGACGACAAAAACGUCACCAUCGCCGUGGCCCAGGGAGUUGUUCCCGUCCUCGUCCGCCUACUGGAUUCCUCCACCGACAUGAAGGAAAAAACUGUCGCCGCGAUUUCCAGAGUAUCCACCGUCGAAAGCGGCAAAAACGUUCUAAUCGCCGAGGGUUUGUUUCUUCUCAACCACUUGCUUCGGAUUCUCGACUCCGGAAGUGGGUUCGCCAUAGAGAAAGCUUGCAUCGCGCUUCAAGCGCUGAGUUUCACCAAGGAGAACGCAAGGGCCAUUGGUUCAAGAGGUGGAAUCUCGUCGCUGUUGGAGAUUUGCCAGGCUGGCACUCCUGGUUCCCAAGCUUCUGCCGCCGCGGUUUUGAGGAACCUCGCCGCGUUCGCCGAAAUCAGGGACAAUUUCGUGGAGGAGAACGCGGUGGUUGUUCUUCUUGGUUUGGCUUCUUCCGGAACGGCUUUGGCUCGGGAAAACGCGAUUGGGUGUUUGGCGAAUUUGAUUUCGGAGGAGGAGAGUUUGAGGGUUUCGGUGGUGAAGGAAGGUGGGGUUGAGUGUUUGAGGAAUUUCUGGGACUCGGGUCCACCGGUUCCGAGUCUUGAGGCUGCGGUGGUGAUGUUGAAGCACUUGGCUUCGAGUGGUCCAAUAUGUGAGGUUCUGGUUGGUGAAGGGUUUGUUGAGAGGGUGUUGGGAGUGCUGAAUUGUGAGGUGCUGGCGGUGAGGAUUGCCGCGGCGAGAGGGGUUUAUGCGUUGGGGUUGAACAGUGGAAAGGCGAGGAAGGAGAUGGGGGAGUGUGGGUGCGUUGUUCCUUUGAUUAAGAUGUUGGAUGGGAAAGGCGUGGAAGAGAAAGAAGCUUCUGCGAUGGCAUUGUCGGUGCUGCUGAUGCACGCAGGGAAUCGGAGGGUUUUCCGUAAGGAUGAGAGGGGGAUUGUGAGUGCGGUUCAUCUUUUGAACCCUUCGUUGCAGGGUUUGGAUAAGAAGUACCCUGUUUCUUUGCUUGCGGCGCUCGUGCAUUCCAAGAGUUGUAGGAAGCAAAUGGUGGCUGCGGGGGCCUGUGUUCAUACGCAGAAGCUUGCUGAAAUGGAUGUUCCUGGGUCCAAGAAGCUCUUGGAGAGCCUUGGGCGUGGUAAGAUAUGGGGAGUUUUUGCAAGACCUUAGAGAUCAACUUAAUCGUGGUACAGUAACAAAUGAUGAGUAUUCAUUGAUCUGUAUGUAUGAUGAUAGGCGUGUUCAGGUUUUCUUUUACCCCUUUUUCUUCUUGUAAUUGUUUAUAAUUAAUAAUUGAUGUUUGUAUGUAGAGGUGAGUUUUGUCAUGAUUUAUCUGAGAACUUGUGUUUUGGUUUAGGAACAAUUAUCAAGUACAUGAUUUUGCAGUGCAGCGGUAGAGUACGAUCCAUAGGGAUAGUUCCUAGUUAAUUGCUAAAAUGGUUUACAUAUAAUGCUUUUACAGUUUUACUUGUGAUCCAGUAUGUUCAGAUUGGGAUGUGAUUUUCAAGUAUGUGUGGAUGUCCAUGAUGGGUUGAAACGGAAUGAAAUAAAAUUGUCAAAUUGUUAUAUGGAUAUU